GGAGAUGGGGAGAGUUGAGUGGGCAAGGAAGGGGCAGUUGGUUGAAGGCUUUUAUGGAAAAAAAAAACUUCACUAACUCUGCUCUGUGUUUAAAAGGGUAUGUCAGAGAAAAGUUUAUUACUACUAGCGCUUCUUUCAGCACCAGUAGGGAGAGACGUUUGAGCAGCAGAAAUUCCCCUGUUUGUCAAGGCCAGCUCAAUACUAAUAAACCGGAGCUUCUUCUGCACAGUACAACAUUUAGUUUAAUCAAAGUACACUAUGGGAUAAAUGCAUCAGGAUGGGCAGCAACACCUCUUGGGGCGGGGUUUUCUACCUUGUUCUCAAGGUGAUUAAACCUAUUCAACCCCACUAAAAGAGUAGCUUCAUCAUGUUUUCAGCUCUUCCUAGAGAACCAAGUCAAGCUGUGUUGUGAACUGGAUUGCUUGAUAAUCAUAGGGAGGCCAACAGCUGACGCGGAUCGGAGACAAGGGGGCAAAUGCAGGACCUUGACCAUGAUGCUUCCACACUUCACAGUCCACUUCUUUCUCCUGUCUGGUCCCUCCCCCCACAUCCUUUUUCUAUGCAUAGGGUCCACGUCCUUUCCUCCAGUACCAGUGGGCAACAACACGACAUUACAGUGCUCCUUCCCAGUCCCCAUCGGUAAUGACCUGCGCAUCCACUGGCACCAUUAUCUCAAUGGAAGGAGAGCCAUUGUCCACAGCUAUUACAACGGAACAGAGCAGCUGAAGGACCAAGACGAGGCUUUCCAUGGGAGAACCAAACUGUCCCUCCCAGGUAUCCAGCAAGGAGACGCUAGCCUGACCCUGACUGACCUCAGACCGUCAGAUAGAGGAGAUUACAAAUGCAUCGUUGUGAAUGGAGGCUACUUCAGAACAAGCAACAUUUCCCUCCAGGUUUCAGCUCCCUAUGACCAGCCCCAGGUCCGAAUCCUGUCCAGGAUAGGGGAAAACGUGACCGUGGAAUGCAGCUCUAAGGGGGGAAUGUCAGAGGUACGGAUGGUCUGGAGAGAUGAAAUGGGAAACACCCUGGAGGCGCUGGAGGCGCCAGUGGUGGUGAGGGACCAAUGGGAGAUCUGUGAGGUGCGGAGCAAGCUGACCGUGACUGUGAAGAGGGACAUCGCUGUGUGCUGCUGCCUGACACCAGAACCUCAGGCAGAGGAGAUGAAAGCUUGUGAAUCCAUAGCAGCGAUCCAGAAACAAGAGGUGCCCUCUCUCCUGUACCUUAAGAUUGUCAUCGUGAUCAGCACUUUCAUCCUGUUGGGGGUUGGAGCUUUCUGGGCUGUCGUGAGGCGGCAAAGGAGUCUACAACCAGAUGAAGCAACUGAGGCACCGAGAAGUUAAGUGACUUGCCC